UAUCCCUAUUUUGCUUUCUAUAGUGCCGUGUACGACUCCGAAAGCAUAGGUCACAAACGUUUUUACGACUAAUGUCAUCCGAUGUGUAUGUUAAAAAUUUCUGUAACGGAUAUCUAAGAAGUUUACUUGAAUAUAUAAUUAUUGAAUCGAAAAUAAAGGAUAAUUUACAGUUUAUGAGGUGCGAUCUUCACACGUUCAUAUAAAAGAUCCAACAGGAGUAUAAACAAAGAAGUUUGACUGAACACAAUAUAUUUACAUGUUAAGAGGCAACAUAAUUGCUUAACAGAAUAUGGCCAAUAUACUAAAUUCUGCGCCUUCUCCAGUUUCUUCAUCUCCAUUAAGGAGGAAGUCUGUUACAUUGCAAAGGAUUCAACCUCCUUUAUCUGAAAAUGAUGAUGAAGCAGAACGCUUGGCUCGUCGUUCUGAAAUUUUUGAUAAUACAACAAAUGCUACAAGUUCAAGAGAUCAAAGACGUUCCUCUUUAGGGCUUAGCUCCUUAGGACAAAUGUCGUCUUCUCAAAUGGCAGAACGCAUAGCUCAAUGUAUAAAACUUAAUGCAGAGAACAAGAUUAAUUCAAAGAAUGCAUUCAGAUUGGAAAUGAUUGAUUUCAUGACGUAUAUGAUAAAGAAAAAAGAUGCCAACAUGACUAAUUUACAAGUAGCUAGUACGUCCUUAGAUGUGAGUACGAAAAUUUAUGGAUUUCGUGUUGAUGGUAUACAUAUGGACAUACUCAAAUUGGUCGGUGGACUGGAUAAGCAAGAGAAAGAUGCCGAAAAACAGAAAGACUUGGAAGAAAUGGAUUGCGAAGAUAGCAUACGAGACAAUAAAAAUCGAGAUAAGUCAAAGUUAGAGAAGAGAAAGAGGAAAACUAAAAAACAAAUAUUUACUACUGUGGAAGCUUUGAAAACGAAUAUUGAAACUGAAAAACCUUCGUUAAUAACUAUGGAAUCAGAUUCACAGACUACGGACACGUUAUAUCAAGUGAUGUUACCGAACCAUGCGAAUUCAGGAUUUUAUCAGCACCCUUACAACGAUGUUUUAGUAGAUACGGUAAAUAGGAAUGAUACUCCAGAUAAGAGAACAGUUUGUGAUGUUCCAAGGAUAAAAGGUCUUUCAAAAAUGGAAAUUUGUCCACCUUUGUUCUAUUUCGAUUUUCACACUAAGAAUGUGGACGAUGAUGAGUCGGAUGAAACAUUAAGUGAAGGUACAAGAAAUAACGAAGACAGAUUUCAAUUUAAUCUGGAUGCUAGUGUACAGCACGGGGAUGAGUAUGUAUCUACUGACAUGAACCAUUAUGAUGAUCUCGAACUAACAGAUGAAGAAAAUGGAAAUAGAUGUGCCAUGACACCUGACCAAAUAGAAAAUAUUGUAGAUUUCCGUCAAGUUGUAACCAGCACAGUACCAUCACAACUUUCAGAGUACUCGUUUGUUAACAAAAACACAAAUUUGCAUUGGGCAGGACCGUCUCAUUGGAAAUUUAAUAAUCUUAGAACUGUUUCGUCUGUUAAGAGUGCUAAGAGUCAACAACAUCGUAAUUUGCAAGCAGGAAGGAAGGAAAAAGUAGAGCUUACGAUAAGUUAUGACAAUAUUGAUAUUGAAGUUAUGAACGAUAAGUUUCUGCCGAGUAAAAAAAUUAAAUUAAACACUAAAACUCUUAGAUCAGCAUGGAACGAAGAGAUAUUAACGCUGCCGUCCGAUGAGCAUUACAAUAUUAUUAACGUCAAUAAACUUUAUCUUUACCCAAAAACAAUCGAAGAACCAGAAAAUGGAAAUAAUUUGAACACCACUUCUUUGUCUGAUACGCCAGAUGAUGAUAAUAUGCAUAAUGUGAAUGAUGGUGGUUCGGACCUUUUUCCUAACGUGCAAAAUGAGGAAUAUUUGGAGAAUAAUGCGAGCGAAGAUAGAUACAAAGACGUCGAGUAUCAGCAAACACAAGCAUACACACCCCUUAUUGGAGAUAAUCUGGUUGCUAUACCAAAACAUACGAAGAAGGUGGCUAUUACAUACUCUGCGUGUGCGAAGAAAGUUGACAUGAAACAACUGAAACAGUCUAUCUGGAGUUGUUUGGAAAGUGAAAACAAUAACAACAAUAUUUCAGAAGAACAGGCGCAACAAGACAGCACGAGUGAUGGUAAAAGCUAUAGAGACGUUUACAAAAAGUUGCCGACUUUGCUAAGCAAAACUAACAAGGAAGCUUUAAGUUUUCCACUCUCCUUCGUAUCUCUACUGCAUUUAGCGAAUGAAAAAAAUUUAGAAUUGAAUUCUUCUCCUGACAUGGCAGACAUUAUCAUACAUCAGAAUUGAACAUGUAUUUAUAAAAUGAUACAAAUUUAUACUUGAAAUAUAAAUAAGUCAUUGGAGUUAAUACCGAAGUAGAACAAAUAAAUAUAUUUUGUAAGAAAUAAAAAUAAUUUUCCAAUUUA